GGUUAUGCCGGCAACAAUUUUCCAAAGAUGUUUUAUAAUGUUAUUAAAAGAACCGUGCAAGCAGGUAUAAAGAAUGUAAAUAAUUAUUAUUUGGUGCGCCUCAGCAGCGGCACCUCUAGUGGCCACAAUGAUGAAAUCAAGGACGCACUGGACAUUGAGGCGAACCUUUUCGAAAACUCAUUGUUGCAGCAUCAGCCAGUGAACACGCGGGAAGCUUUACGCAAGCACAAACCAACAUUAAUUAGUAAACAAAAGACAGCUUCGCAAAAGAAGCCUGUAACUGGGAGUAAGACAGCCACAUCGGCCCUGUCAAGAAAUGUUCCAACACCUACAGUUAAGCGGGCUCCUGCUCCGCUUAUAAAAGACAGCGAAUUGAAUUUGGAGUUUACUCGACUCACUUUGCAGGACCCACUAAUGAGCACAUUACUCACUGAAGUGCGUUCACGCAAACGUCGUGACAAUAACAAACAGAUUAUUAUCGAAGGCCGACGUCUCAUAGAGGAAGCCCUGCAAUGUCGCCUGAAAAUGCAUUCGUUAUUCUUUAGCCAAAGGGAUCAGUUGGCCUUGCUGCGUGAACGGGUGGCACAGGCCCAGCAGGAGGACAACACAAAAAUCUACAAAGUGCCACAACAUGAUCUGAAAACAUGGUCUUCGCUGGUAACGCCACCCGGAUUGCUGGCACUGUUCGAACGCCCCUCGGCGCGGGGUAUACGGCAGCAGCAGCUGGGCAGUGAGCCCCUGCCCAUUACAGUUGUAUGCGACAACAUACGAGAGCCCAACAAUCUGGGCAGCAUCAUACGCACAUGUGCUGCUUUGCCCUGCAGCCAGGUGGUGGUCACGCACGGCUGCUGUGAUCCCUGGGAAUCGAAGGCUUUGCGCGGCGGCUGCGGCGGACAGUUCCGUUUGCCCAUAUGCGAUGAUGUCACCUGGGAACAGCUGCCACUCCACAUACCGCCCGAGGUAGCCGAUGAUUGUCAUGUAUUCAUUGCAGAAAACAACCUGAAUAAGCCAGAAAAUUUGGCAGUGGACUAUGCAGAGCUGGGACAGACUGGAGUACACAAUAUUCUUAUUAUUGGCGGCGAGAGUCAUGGUGUUAGCGAGGAUGCUUACAAAUUUAUGCAACUGGUGGGCAGUAGAGGCAAGUGUGUCUAUAUACCUCUGGCGGCGGGCAUUGAUAGCUUGAACGUGGUAUCUGCACUCACAUUAAUACUUUUCGAGCUACGCAAAAAGCUGACA